AUGUCUUGGAAAGAGUCCAACUGCCAUAAGCGUAUUCUGCGCGAUGCAGAAGCCGGUGGCUACGGAGUCAUCGCUGCGAUCGCAUACAAUAUCGAACAAGUGCUUGGCCUUGUAAAGGCUGCAGAAACAGCACAUUCACCUCUAAUCAUCCAAUUCUUCCCCUGGGCUAUCGAAGCUACCAAUGGCUUGUUGAUCCGCACCGCUGCGGACGCCGCGAAACGUGCAAGCGUACCCAUCAGUAUUCAUCUCGAUCAUGCGCAGUCAGAAGACAUCAUCAAGCGCGCAGCAGAGCUACCAUUCGACAGUAUCAUGGUCGAUAUGUCGCACUAUGAUAAGGAGGUCAACCUAUCGAAGACGCGCGAGCUGGUACAAUAUUGCAACGAGCGACAGAAAGUUACCGAAGCGGAGCCCGGUCGCAUCGAAGGAGGGGAAGAUGGAGUCAUGGAUACCGCAGGACUGGAAGCUUGUAUGACUACGGCUGAGGAGGUUGACGAGUUUGUUGCUACCGGCGUGGAUGUUCUUGCACCUGCGUUUGGUAAUGUCCAUGGUGAAUAUGGGUCACGCGGGCCCCAGUUGGACUUUGAAAGAUUUGAGAAAAUUCGCCAACAGGCAAAGGGGCGUGUCAACCUUGCUCUUCACGGCACUAAUGGGUUUGAGCCAGAACUGAUGAAGCGCUGCGUGGCUGCUGGUGUCACAAAGAUCAAUGUGAACCGACUGGUACUGGAUGAUUAUUACGAGCACCUUCGAGCAAAUGUAGACAAGAUGCCACAUACUCAGCUGAUUGAGGAAGGUAUUCAAAAGGUGGCAGACCUAACCAUCAAGUGGAUUGAGAUUAGUGGAUCUGCUGGAAAGGCAUAG